AUGGCAGAUUCAGCUUCAAACACGGACAAGCUGGAACUGGAGGCCGUUAACGGCUUUAAUGGACAGGUGUAUUCUGGACUUAUUGUUCAUCCAGACACAGAGCACCUCAUCUAUCCUCUGGGACCCACAAUCAUCCUGAAACGAAUCAAAGAUGGCAAGCAGGAGUUUUUUCAGGGACACACAAAGAAUGUGUGCAGUAUCUCAGUGUCCAAAAGUGGCUCAUACAUUGCUUCUGGCCAAGUCAACUCUAUGGGCUUUAAGGCUCCUGUCAUUAUAUGGGACUAUGCACAAAGAGUGAUCUACACCCACCUUGAGCUCCACAAAGUCAAGGUGGAGUCUGUGAGCUUCUCUCCCAGUGAGAAGUAUCUGGUGUCACUUGGAGGUUUGGAUGAUGGCCGGAUCAUUGUUUGGGAUAUUGAGUCUCAGCAAGCCAUUUGUGCUUGCUCAUCAUCAGCUUUCAGUGAUGUCAUCUGCCUCACCCUAAAAUACUCCAACACAAAUGACAACAUGUUUGUUUCUGCUGGAAAUGGACCUAUAAUCAUCUGGGAGAUAGACCUUCCCAACAGAAGGAUCAGGCCAACACCAUGUCAUGCAGGGAAGCUGAAGAGGAAAGUCAAAUGUAUUGAGAUCACAGAAGAUGAUGAAUUCAUGUUCUGUGGCACCACCAGUGGAGACAUAAUCAAAUUCAACCUGAAGACCGGUCUCCUGAAUACCUUUUGGCCAAAUAAAAAGAAAUGCUCCCAGGGUGUCCAGGCCCUGAAGAUGCUAACGUCUGGGGACUUUCUUGUUGGCACUGGAGCGGGAAUAGUCUUUCUCAAUUCUGGGAGCAACUUUAAAAUUCUUAAACAAGUUCAGCUGCAGAAUUGUGUGACCUCCGUUACAGCAAUAGGAGAAGGUCAGCAGUUCUUUGUAGGUACAGAUGCUGCUGAGAUCUACUGCGUCAACUUUGAGAACUUCAAGUCUGAACUCUCAUCCACCUGUCAUAACAGCACUAUCAAUGGUGUCACCAUCCCUGUUUUCACAUCUGAUUUGUUUCUCACAUGGUCCAAGGAUGACAUCAGGCUGUGGCUCAAACACAAACCCAAAGACAUCCUGCGUAUGACUAUACCUAAUAUGACCUGCAACACUGUAGACAUCAUGUUUGAUGGCCAAAGCAUCAUUACCGGAUGGAAUGAUGGUAAGAUACGUACUUUUAACUCGGUCAGUGGUCACCUCAUGCGGACUAUUGACUGUGCACACAUCAAUGGUGUAACAGCUAUUGCUGGCAUGAGGGACAACAAGAGGAUUGUCAGUGGAGGAGAAGAAGGACAGGUAUGUGUUUGGGAGCUGCUGACCAAAGGCCACCGACUGCUAGAGAGCAUGAAGCAGCACCGAGCCGCAGUCAACUGUAUCAAGAUCACAAGUGAUGACAGGCAGUGUGUGUCUGCCAGCUCUGAUGGGUCCUGUAUCAUCUGGGACUUAGAGCGAUUUGAAAGGUGCCAAAUAGUGCUCGCCAACACGCUGUUCAAGACGGUGGUCUACCACCCAGAGGAGUUUCACAUCGUUACUAGUGGCACUGACAGACAGAUUACCUACUGGGAUGUGCUCGAUGGCUCGAUCAUCAGAGUGCUGCAGGGUUCACUGUCUGAAACAAUCUACAGCAUGGACAUCACACAGGAUGGCCAACACUUUGUGACAGGGGGAGGUGACGGGCUGGUGAAGGUGUGGGAUUACAUGCGUGGUGAGGUAACACAUGUCGGGAUCGCUCCCGGUGGUGCCAUCACCGGUGUCAAGAUCCACCACCAUACUGUGGUCACAACAAGCAUCGAUGGAGCCAUACUGACAUGGAGGUUCCCCUACCCAAAACAGUGAUUGUAUAAAUGAUAAUAACAAUGAUAAUAAAGAUACAGCAUGUUGAAA